UUGCACUCGUAUUUUGCGCCACUCGAUGGCGGUGGUGCAUCUCAAAUUUGUACCGGCGCAACCGUAUGUCAUCUUAUGUGUGGGACAUGGCGGCCGGUGCAAGACAAGGUUUAGCGGCUUUAGCUCUCGAUUUGUUCGAAAAUGAUACUGAAAGUGAUAGUGAGGAUGGUGAAGAACGUGUACCGAGGAACGCCUUUCAUAUUCGGCAAAUUUCCGAGAGGAUUCUGUUUCAGCAUACUAGGUUGAACAGAAUUGUAUUUGAGUAUGUUUUAGGUUUAAUUUCACCGGCUUUGACAAAAAACACGCGAAGUGGACGAUACAAACAUCUAACACCCAUGCAAAAAUUGUAUGUGGCCCUUCAAUUUUAUGCCACAGGUUCAUAUCAAUGGCUAGUAGCAAGCAGUGGCAAUGUUUCACAACCCUCAGCAUGUCGUAUCAUUGGAGAAGUUACUGAGGCUAUUGUGGCUCUUGCGCCACAGUUUAUACGUUUUCCCAACGCUGAAGACUACCUGGCAGUGAAACAAGCCUUCUACCAAAUAGGACAGACCAAACACAGACGUGGAUUUCCAAACGUUUUGGGUGCAAUUGACUGUACUCACGUACGCAUUCAAGCUCCAACAACUGCCCCAGAACAAUACCUGAAUCGUCAUAUUUACCACUCAAUUAUUGUACAACUUGUUGUCGGACCUGAUUUAAAAAUUUUUAACAGUGUUGCAGAAUUUCCAGGUUCUAAUCAUGAUUCGUAUGUGUGGAGAAAUUCAGCUGUUCGAGAAGCCUUAGCUGAAGGUAAUUUUCCAGAAGGUUGGCUCAUUGGGGAUUCUGGAUAUCCACAGGAACCUUGGCUCAUGACUCCUGUUGGCCAUGUUAACACACCGCCUGAAUUGUUAUAUAAUUCUGUGCACAUUUCCACUCGAAAUCCAGUGGAAAGGACAAAUGGAGUUCUAAAAAAGCUACCAACUCUCUUAUUCCUUCGGUUACCUGACUACUGAAGCUCUUGAAUUCCGUAAGGAUAUCAGAGAGUAAAACAUUCUGCUGUGUUUGCAGAGUGGUAGUUCUUUUAAUUUCAUCCAAAACCUGUGUUUUAGAUUUUUUCUUUGGGACAGUUGGAGGUAUCACAGGUGGUGCAGUGAGGGGUGCUGGCAGGAUUGGCGAAACUGAAACUCUGGGAGGAGAGGAAGUAGGGCUAGGUCCAGUGGAACACAUGUUAUACUCUGUAAAAGGUGGAAAUAAUAAACUAUUAAUAUAUUUGCAAAGUAAUUAUGGUUAUUUAAAAAUGAUAUGUGUAUAUUAUUACUGUAUCGAUGUUGAAACUAUCUUGUUGUCUAUUUAUAAAUAAAACUAUUUUAUAAACCUA